AUGACAGUGUUCGGAAGUUUGUCGACGUGUUUUUUACGCACUUAUGAUUUGGUCCCGAGGUUUCAUUUACCUUUGAGAUUCUCCUUUUGCGUCGGAAUGGCUGCGGCAGAAGCGCCGGAGGAGAGCGGCGGCGGCGCGCAGGUAACAGGUGACGGCGAGCCGGAGGAGGCGGAGGAGUUCACCUGCCCGGCGCUCUGCUCGGAGCUCUGCCGGCGGCAGAACGAGCAGAGGAAAGCGGGGCUGUUCUGCGACCUGACCCUGCUCUUCAGCUCCAGGGGGGUCUCCGGGGAGCGGGUCCAGACGGUGCCCGCCCACCGCUCGGUUCUGUCGGCUGCCUCGCAGUAUUUUGAGCUGCUGCUGGGCGGACAGUUCUCGGAGUCUCAGACCGGGCGGGUGGAGCUAAAGGAGUGGAGCUCCGCGGCGGGGCCCGACCCGGAGUGUGUGGAGGCCGUGAUCCAGUUCAUGUACACCGGAGGGGUCCGGAUAACCUCCGCCAACGUCCACGAGGUGUUGGAACUUGCUGACAGGUUUCUGCUGGAGCAGCUGAAGAGCUUCUGCGCCGAGUUUCUGGGGAAGAAUUUGAGCCUGUCCAACUGUGUGGCCGUGCACAGCCUGGCUCACAUGUACUCUCUGGAGCAGCUCGCCCUGAAAGCCGCCGGGACAAUCAGAAGAAACUUCAACAAAAGCGUGUGCAACGAGGUGUUCUGCACGCUGCCGUUCCACCUGGUGCGAGACUGGCUGUCGGACACGGACAUCACCGUGGACUCUGAGCAGGAGCUGUUCCAGGUCAUGGUGAAAUGGGUCCGCCAGAACUCCGAGGAGCGGGAGAAGUACUUCGAAGAGCUGUUUAAACUUUUAAGGCUGCCGCAGAUUGCUCCUUCCUACCUGACGCGCGUGGUGAAAAAGGAACCCUUGGUGACGAACAGCGCUCCGUGUCAGCAGCUGGUGCUCGAUGCGCUGGAGUUUCACGCCGUUCGCUCCGAAAGCCUCAAGUCGGCCACCGAAGAGCUUUGUUCCUCCAUCGUGGGCGCGGUCCAGCCACGCCUCGGCCAGAACAUGGACGUGAUCAUGGUGAUCGGCGGCGUUUCAGAGGGUGGCGAGUACCUCAGUGAGUGCGUGGGCUACUUCGUUGCUGAGGAUCGUUGGGUCAACCUGCCGCACAUUCACAACUACCUGGAUGGACACGCCAUCUCUGUGACCGACGGCCAUGUUUACGUGGCGGGCUCCAUGGAGCCUGGCUUUGCAAGGAUGGCAGAGCGCUACAACACGAGCCUCAACUGCUGGGAGCAGGUGAGCAACCUGACCAUGCGCAAGCACUCCUUCGGCCUCACGUGCGUCAGAGACGUUCUCUAUAGCAUCGGUGGUCAUGGAAACUUCAGUCCAGGCUUUAAAGACGUCACGGUCUACAAACCUGAGCUGGACCAGUGGGCCAGUCUUGAGCCCGCGCCAAUGAUCUUACGAGACGUAAAGACGGUGAGUGUCGAGGAUCGCUACGUGUACGUGAUGGCUAGGACGCCAGUAGACGCAGACCAAGACGACGGGCUGAUCACCGUGACAGCAUGCUACGAUACAGAGAGUCACAAGUGGCAGGAAGUGCAGUCGCUGCCUCUGAUUGACAAUUAUUGUAGUUUUCAAAUGUCUGUUGCAAACACAAACUUCUACCACACCGCUUCGUGCUGUCCCAAGAACUACAAAGUAUCGCACGAGCACGCUCAGCAGAUGAUGAGCAGAAGCGUCUCAGACGACAUCCUCGGCAGCCUCCCUUCGGAGGUUCUCUGCAUGGAAGGCGCCGCCAUCUGCAACCUCGGCGACGACGUCUUCGUCAUCGGCGGGUGGAGGAACGGCGGCAGCUUGGAGAAGCAGUACCGCAAAGAGGCGUACCGUUACUGCGCCGAGAGGAAGUGCUGGACGCUGCUUCCGCCCCUGCCCGAGCCGCGCUGCCGAGCAGCGGCCUGUCACGUCCGCAUCCCGUACAGGUACCUCCACGGCUGCCAGCGCUACCCCAUGCCGCAGAACCUGGCUCGCCAACAGGGCCACGUGCAGCUGAUGCAGCACCUCCGCCGCCGUUCGCUCACCGUGAGGAGGCAGCUGCAAGCUCAGAUCGAGUGCUGAAGGAUCCUGCUGCGAUCAAGAAGCACCUUGCUCGUUUUAAAUAAAGU